AUGGAGCGUUACACGAGAGAACAACGCGUUUUCAUUGUUGAACAAUAUUUUAAAAAUAAUGAAAUUUUGACGGCUGCAGUGCGAAAAUUUCGUACAAAAUAUGGUCGGGAUACUGAUUCAACUUUUUUAACUGUGAAGAGAUUAAUUGAAAAAUUUAGCGAGAAUAGAAUAGUUGGUGACGAUAAACACACUGGUCUUCCAAAAACAAACCGCUCAAAUGUCAAUAUGGAAGCAGUGCGUGAAAGUGUUGGUGAAAAUCCAGGAACAUCAAUUCGGCGUCGUGGUCAAGCAUUGCAAAUUUCAAGAUGCUCUCUAAGACCGUAUACUCACUAA